GUCUGGCUGUCAGUCAAAAAGUUGUCGGUAACGUCGUUCCGCUGGAGGUGCGUUUUCUUUUUCAUCUUUAUCCUUUAGAAACUUGCGUAGUAAACUGUUUAAUCUGUUUUUGUUUUAAAGAUUAAUUACACUUGUGUCGUUUUAUUUUUUGAAUGAAAGGCUUUAAGUUGUAGUUUUAUGCCCACGCUGUCGUGAGGAAGCAGCGUAAGCGAAGAGCCGAGUCCGGAGCGUGGAUCCACACAGACCGGGUUCUCGGUUGACGGUUCUCAUUUGGCGUUGAGUUCGUUUCUUGAUGAGUUGUUGGUGUUUUGAGUGGAGUUUUCUCGGCCCAUGACGUGGACUAGCACGAUGAGCAGCGGCUACAGCAGUUUGGAAGAAGACUCUGAGGAAUACUUCUUCACUGCCAGGACUUCAUUCUUCAAGAAACCCUCAGCAAAGCCCUCAGAAACCAAGGAUGUGGAGAAGGACAGAGAAGUGCGGACGGAGCUCAGCAGAGAUGAGAUCUGGCAGAAGAUCGAGCAGUACAACGCCAUGACAAAGGACCACCUGAAAAUGACACUCGGGGCCUCCGGUGUGUAUACUGGUUUCAUCAAGGUCCAGUUGGAUUUGAGGAGGCCAGUGACGGUGCGAGGGGCUCGAGGGGGAGCCGUGGUGGAGGAGGCAUUUUAUCUCCCGAAAGGAGCUACAAACACCCUCCACAUCAGCUCUGUUCACACGGUCAGGCAGGUGAUCGUCGCCCUGUUGAACAAGUUCACGGUAGCCGAUAACCCCGCCAAGUAUGCGCUGUACAAGCGCUAUCGCAGGGAGGAGCAGGUGUAUGUGUGUAAGCUGGCCGAGGGAGAGCAGCCGCUGUUCCUGCGCCUGGUGGCGGGACCCGACCCCGACACGCUCAGCUUGGUCCUGAGGGAGCAGCAGACCGGUGACGUCAUGUGGGACGCCUUCUCCAUCCCUGAGCUGUGUAACUUUCUGCGGAUCCUGGAGAAGGAGGAGCAGGAGCAGACUGAGGCCGUCAUUCGCCGCUACAACACUUACCGCAGGAAACUGCAGGAGGCGCUGUUGGACAUCAGAGGGCCUUCUUAGAGAAAUGGCCUCCUUUAAAUAGGACUACCUCCCCCUAGAGGGACAGCUGGGUAUUUCUCUUUCUGCAGGAGACUGUUUCCAUAAAUUUUAGACAAAGCGAAGGAUCGAACCAACUGAAGGAGAGAUGAAGACUGAAAACCUUUGAAAGAACCAGACUCAGGUGGACGUGGACUUGUCCUGGAUUAGAGACGUGUCGCCUGCUCUGCCGUGUCUCUGCACAAACCAAAGAUACACUCACUGUGCCAUAUUCAUCUGUUCAUCGGUUCUUCCUUCUCUCUGUCUUGCUGUCUGUUUUUUUUCCCAAUUUAAACUUUUGAACGACUUCAGGCCAAACAUCAAGUUUUAUUUUUUUUUUUAAGGACUGUAAAUAUUUUUGUCUUAAUUUAUGAGGGUGAAGCAUUUUCAUUUCUAAAGUCUUAUAUUGGAGGUGUUUUCUGACUGCUGACACAGAAACGGAAUCGUUUGUCCCAAAUAUCACAAAUUCACCAACAUUCAGCUGAGAAAAGACAGAACUCCAAGAAAAUUAAUUUGUAUAUAUUUUUAAGUGGUAAUUUUGAAUGCAGAAAGUAAACACAACAUAUAAAUUAUUUUGCAGGCUUCAAGUGGCCUAUCUUCAUUGAUCACAAAUUGGCCAUAAAUUACUUUUUUCUGAAGCAUUUUUUCUUUCAAUAUCCACAUCCAGGCAAAAAAAAAAGUAAAAGUAUGACUUUCUUCUCCACUUAAUUCCAGUUAUUGCCUUAUUGUUGUAAUUGUAGCUUUGUUUAAAAUGAGAAUAUGGCCAGACGCAAAGUGACCUUUGAACUGGAGCCGACACGAACAGCAAAUAAUAAAAUCUUUUUCUUUUAUCCAUUUUAAAUUUUGCUUCCUCAAAGUUGCAGGAAUCUGGACAUGAUGGACGAAAGUACAGAGAACUGAAAGUGUAAGUUUUAUGUGAUGUGGGGACAAAGUGUGCAUUUGUUGGGAUGUAGCAGGUGGAAAAAGACAAGUGAAGAAGAAAGUGGCAAACUGUUGGAUGAUGACGUGUUUGGUUAGCUGUGACCUUUGACCUUUGGGUGUUUUCUGGAGGUUGGUUGGUUGGAAUAAGCAAAGUUGAGACAGAGAUGAAUUGAAGAUGAUUGUUUUUGGUGGAAUAAAUUGUAAAAGUAGCCUGAAAGUGUGAAGAAGUCGCCAUGGCAACUAUUUCAGCCCAAACAUAUGGCAUCCGUCGACCUGCAGGCGUUUAUUUGCUCUUAGCGCAUGGUGCGGCCUUAACCUCAGUGACCUGGUGACUCAUUAAAGAACAAAAUAUCACAAGAAAGAGAGGAGCAAAAGAAAAUGUGGGGAAAACAUUUUAUUUAGAAAAUCCCUGAUUAUUUUGUUUCUUUAAUGUCGCGGUCGAUGCUGAUUAAAUCAGCGUCCUGAGAUUUAAAGUUAAAAUUAUGAUUAUUCAGACGUGUUUCUCACAUUCUGGCCCCCGGCCCACCCGUUUGGAACCUCGGGUUUAGAUGAUGUUCCAGUGAAGAUAGUGUUUAAUUCAGAGGCGGAGCUUCUGACUUGUAGAGGAAA